AUGGCGUCGUUCGUGCGACCGUUCACAUACGUCGGAAUAGAUUUCUUUGGGCCGUUGGCUGUGAAAGUGGGAAGAAGUAAUGCAAAACGAUGGGUAGCCGUGUUUACGUGCCUGACAGUGCGCGCAGUUCACGUUGAAGUUGCUCACAACCUUACUACGGAAUCCUGCAUCAAAUGUAUUCGCCGGUUCAUCUGUCGUCGCGGUUCUCCGGCCGAAAUAUAUUCCGACAACGGAACAAACUUCCAAGGGGCCGCAAGACUGCUGAAAGAACAGAUCGAUCUGCUAGCUGUUACGUUCACUGGUAUCGAUACGAAAUGGAUAUUCAACCCACCGGGAACUCCCCAUAUGGGCGGCGCAUGGGAACGAAUGGUACGCUCCAUCAAAACGGCUGUGGAGCUGGCAUACAAUAAUAACCGUAGACUGGAUGACGAAGCGCUCGAAACAUUCAUGGUGGAGGCUGAAGCAAUCGUGAAUAGUCGUUCACUAACGUAUCUACCGCUUGCAUCUGAAGAACACGAAGCUCUCACACCAAACCAUUUCCUUUUGGGCAGUUCAAGUGGCGUUCGCCAGCCGGCGAUGGAGACUACCGGUUCUUCGAAGGCUUUACGAUCUUCUUGGGAUGAAAUACAGCAUCAACUCGACGUAUUCUGGAGAAGGUGGACAAGGGAGUAUCUCCCUACGCUGACCAAACGGCCGAAAUGGUGCGGCGAAGCAAAACCAGUAACAGAAGGGGAGCUGGUGUUGGUAGUUGGCGACGGCAGAAGAAAUGAGUGGACGAGGGGUCGUAUAGCUCAAGUGAUCAAAGGGGUGGACGGAAGAAUACGGCAAGCUAUAGUACAAACUGCGAGGGGGCUGGUGCGUAGGCCUGUGGCUAGAUUGGUGGUAUUAGAGGUUGAUGAUGGUGGUAAAACUGGACCUGGUGGCCAGUGUUACGGGGGAGAGAAUGUUGAUACUGGCAACACGUCUCAUUGA